CCUGGGAACAAUGCAGCUCCGCGCGCGGGCUGAGAGGACUCUGCCCCACCCCAGGUUCCACGCUGUCCCUUCCCAGGCGGCCAGGUGCCUGCUUGCCACUUUCACCCAGAGGCCCGAGGUGCCAGCACGGAUUAGCGCCUGGAGAGCUCAGGCUCCCGGGCGACGUCGUCCCUGGGUCCCCUGAGGACCCGCUUCCCCCUACGAGUGUCUUCGCGCUCCCCGAGCUCUACACAAAGAGAGGCGACGUCCCUUUCGGGGAGGGCGGCUUACGCCCAUCCUCCACCCUCGGAGUUGGACUGGGGAUCCCGCAGAAGCUACGGCUAUCCGGCUCUUUUUAAAUCCCAGUCCCGGGAGGUUCGGCGCUGGAGCCGAGGCGGGGACCCUCUCCUGACGCUGCGCUCUCUGCGAGGCAAUCUUUCACGUCCAUUGCUUGUCAUCUUAGGAUCCCCAUGUUAUUUUAGCCCAGAUUGGCUAGUUCUGGGGAGGCGGCAUGGUGGGACGAUUCUGUCCCGAGUCCCCGCCAGGCUUUGUCCGGGUCGCCGCUACCAGCGCCUUCUCCCUAGACCCUCUAUCCGGGGAAUCUCGCCUGGGGUGCGGGUACCGGGGACCGCGCGGCGCUGCCUCGUGGGUGGAUGGAUGCACCGUGCCGGCGAGGGAGACCGGGGGCUGGGCCUGGGAGACCCUAGCGGGGGCAGGGGAUAAGAAGAUGUAUUCCACUGCAACGACUUUUACACCACUUUCAAGUACCUCCUCCCCGAAUACGACUACCCCAAAUGCAGCUAAUACCACCACCAAGGCGGUUGGUGGUGCCCUGCAGUCAACAGCCAGUCUCUUCGUGGUCUCACUCUCUCUUCUACAUCUCUACUGUUAAGAGACUCAGGCCAAGAAACAUCUUCUAAACUUCCCCAUCUUCUAAACCCAAUCCAAAUGGCGUCUUGGCAAGGAAAAACAGGUCUUCAUUGAAUCUACUAAUUCCACACCUUUUAUUGACGCAGAAAAUGUUGAGAAUCCCAAAUUUGAUCUGCUUGAAGAACAUGUGAGAGGUUUGACUAGAUGAUAGAUGCCAAUGUUAAAUUUGCUGGUGUUUCACGUACAAGAUGAAGGAGAGGCAACAUCCAAAAUAGCUUAAGACAUGAUUUCCUUGAAUGUGGUUUAAGAAAUAUGGACACUUAAUUCUACCUUGAAAAAUAAGAAUAGUAAUAAAGGAUGUGAUUGUGGAAUGGAGAUUCAGUUUUCAUUUGGUUCAUUAAUUCUAUAAGGUCAUAAAACAGGUAAUAUAAAAAACUUCCAUGAUUCUAUUUAUAUGUACAUUAGAAGGAACUUCCAGGUGUUACUGUAAUUCCUCAAUGUAUUGUUUCGACAGCACUAAUUUAAUGCUGAUAUACUCUAGAUGAAGUUGAGCUAUCGCUGUUCUCUUGGGAACUGAACUCACUUUCCUCUUGAGGCUUUGGAUUUGACAUUGUAUUUGACUUUUUACGUAGUAAUUGACAUGUGCCAGGGCAAUGAUGAAUGAGAAUCUACCCCCAGGUCCAAGCAUUCUGAGCAACUCUUGAUUAUCCAUAAAGAGUCAAAUGGUAGGCAUUUCCUAUCACCUAUUUCCAUUCAACAAGAACACUACAUUCAUUUAGCUAAACAGAUUCCAAAGAGUAGAAUUCCAUUGACCGCAAUUAAUUUCAAAAUACUUUUUAUUAUUAUUAUUUUUUAGAUGGAGUCUCACUUUGUCACCCAGGCUGGAGUGCAGUGGCGCGAUCUCAGCUCAGUGCACCCUCUGCCUCCUGGGCUCAAGCGAUUCUCCUGCCUCAGCCUCCCAAGUAGCUGGGAUUACAGGCACCUACCACCAUGCCCGGCUAAUUUUUGUAAUUUUACUAGAGAAAGGGUUUCACCAUGUUGCCCAGGCUGGUUUCGAACUCCUGACCUCAGGUGAUCUGCCUGGCUUGGUCUCCCAAAGUGCUGGGAUUAUAGGUUUGAGCCCCCGCGCCCAGCUGUCAAAACGCUUUUUAUAUCUGCAUAUGUUGAAUACUUUUUACAAUUUAGAAAAAUGAUCUGUUUUGAAGGCAAAAUUGCAGAUCUUGAAAUUAAAAAGGCAAAAAUGUAAAGGAAUCAAAACCGUAAAUCAAGUAUUUGGGAAGUGAAGACUGGAAGCUAAUUUGCAUUAAAUUCACAAAAACUUUUAUACUCUUUCUGUAUAUACUUUUUUUUCUUUAAACAGUUAUGGAUCAGAAUAGCCACAUUUGGAACACUUUUUGUUAUCAGUCAAUAUUUUUAGAUAGUUAGAACCUGGUCCUAAGCCUAAAAGUGGGCUUGAUUCUGCAGUAAACAUUUUACAACUGCCUCAACACACAGAAACCUUUUUAAAAAUAGACACUCCCCGAAGUCUUUUGUUCGCAUGGUCACACACUGAUGCUUAGAUGUUCCAGGAAUCUAAUAUGGCCACAGUAGUCUUGAUGACCAAAGUCAUUUUUUUCCAUCUUUAGAAAACUACAUGGAAACAAACAGAUUGAACACAUCUGAAGCUACUGUGUGUGUGAAUGAACACUCUUCUGCUUUAUUCCAGAAUGCUGUACAUCUAUUUUGGAUUGUAUAUUGUGUUUGUGUAUUUAUGCUUUGAUUCAUAGUAAAUUCUUAUGUUAUGGAAUUGAUUUGCAUUGAACACAAACUGUAAAUAAAAAGAAAGAAAUGGCUGAAAGAGCAA